UCGCGCCCAUCUGCGGCAGCGAGCAGGUGCUGUUCCAUGGAGCAGCGAGGUACGAGAAGGUCAAUAUCCCGUGCCACCUGGACUCGCACCCGCGCCCUCACGCCUACAAGUGGACCUUCAACAACAGCGGAGAAAGUGUCAACAUUCCUGAGACCCACAUUAUCCUGGAGGACACCCACUCCACUGUCAGCUUCACGCCUACAUCCGAGCUCGACUACGGCACACUGCUCUGCUGGGGGACCAACAGCGUAGGCAAGCAGGUCCUGCCGUGUGUCUUCCACGUCUUCCCAGCAGGGCCUCCAGAUCCCGUGAACAACUGUACGGUUUACAAUCUGUCCAUGGACAUGGUGAACGUGCGCUGCGUCGCUGGCUUCGACGGCGGCCUCGUGCAGACCUUCGUGCUCGAGGUCUACGAGCCCCGAACCAAUGGCCUGCUCGCCAACAUGUCCAGCACGAUUCCGAGCUUCACCGUCGAGGACCUCCCGCCGGGGAUGUCGCUCACGGGCGUGGUCUACUCCAGCAAUGCCAAAGGGCGCGGGGAGAUGGUCACCGUCAAACUGUACACUCUCAAGGACAUCGCCGAGAAGCGCACAGGUCAGUCCUAGAAUGAAG